GUCGGAAAGCAGCCUCUCUAGAUUUGCCCACCGCUUGUCGGUUAAGCAGAAGCAGGAGAAGAGAAGGAAAGCUGAGUAUGCCUCGGCUGAGCUGUCUGCCUUCCGGCCCAGGUCUCUGAGCAUUGAAUGGUCAUCCUCCCCUAAAAUGACGCAGCAGAUGCGGGACCUGCAGCUGGCUCAGGCCAGGAAGCCGCCAGGCCCUUCCUCGCCGAACGCAGCCAAGAGGCUCUACCGAAACCUGUCGGGGAAAUUCCGCGUCAACUACACAUCCUUUGACGAGGGCAGCCUGGCAGCACGGGGCGAGAAGGAGAAGCUCCGCAAGUCCUACCUGUUCCAGAGCAAUGCUGCUCUCUUUGAGGCUGUGGAGCUGCAGGACCUAGACAGGGUCCAGGAGCUGUUGAAGCAGUACAGCCCCGAGGAGCUGGACCUCAACACCCCCAACAGCGAAGGGCUGCUGCCCCUGGACAUCGCCAUCAUGACCAACAACGCUCCCAUCGCCAGGGCCCUGCUGCAGGCAGGGGCAAAGGAGAGCCCGCACUGUGCCUGCUUGGAGAGCCGCUCGCUGCACCUCUCGACGCUGGUGCGGGAAGCGGAGCAGCGCGUCAAUGAGCUGAUGGCGCAGGUGGUGAACGAGGCACCCAACGCCGACUGCUCCGAGAAGGAGAAGCAGCUCAAGGCCUGGGAGUGGCGAUACCGGCUUUACAAGCGCAUGAAGGCAGGGUUUGAGCAUGCCCGAGUGCCGGAUGCUCCCACCAAUGUUCACCUCUCCGUGGCCAGCAGCUCCUCAGUGCAGGUGACCUUCUGGGAGCCCCUGAGCGUGAACUCGGCCGUCGUCACCAAGUACAAAGUGGAGUGGAGCUGCUCCCCCACCUUCUCGCCGCUGCUGGGGGAGGCCGUGAUCGACAAGCUGAAGAACCUGCACUUCACCAUCCGGGGACUGGUGUCGGGCACAGCGUACUACGUCCAGGUGUCUGCCUACAACAUGAAGGGCUGGGGUCCCCCACAAGCCUCUGUGCCCCCUUUCGCUAUCCCUUCCAACUGGCGGGAGUACGACGGCCGGGCCCCCCGGCGAAGGGGACAAGCUGAAGCUCUGGACCAUCUGCUGGGGCAGGUGAAGACCGUCCACCAGCACUGUGUUUGCCAUGAGCCCUGCAAGAACCAGCCCCAGAGCAGGAAGCACUCAGUCUCCAAGAGCCUCAAGCACCUCUUCCACCCCAGCAUCAAGUUUCUCAAGACACUGAAGCGGGGCCUCUACCUGACAGCGAUCUUCUACAAGGAUGACAACAUCCUGGUGACCCAUGAAGACCAGAUCCCCGUGGUGGAGAUUGAUGACACCUACUCCUGCCUCCUCAUGCAGGAUUUUCUCUGGUUCACCAAGGUGUCAUGCAUGUGGGAUGAGAUCCUGUGGCUGCGGCAGUGUGUCACCGUCUCCCAGUCGUCCUGCUCCUGCAUCCUGCAGACACGCUUCAAGAUGCUACUGGCCAUCUCGCAAAUGCAGGGGCUGCUGGGCAUCCAGGACCUGGGGCAGGUCUUCUUUGAGCCUGUCAAAGACAAACAGGGCAACAUUCUCAUCGUCACCCUGAAGGAGGUGAAGACCAACCAAACCUUUGAGAGUGUCCGCAUCUGCAAGCUGCAGACCAGCCGCAAGUCUGUGUCGUCCCCGGAGGAGCCCACUGCUCUGGACACGCUGCUCAUCUCCAUCCAGGACAAGCUGGCGUACCACCAGCGGAGCAGCCAUGCCCUCUCCCCGGGCCUCUACCUGGGCUACUUGAAGCUGUGCAGCGCCGUGGAUCAGAUCCGAGUGCUGGUGCCGGAGCAGCUCCCCAACAUCCUCUGCCAUGUCAAGAUUCGCUCCAACCCCACCACCCCCAGGGAGGAGUGGGAAUGGCUGCAGAAGAUGGCCAGUGUGGAGGAGGCUGUUCCUGCAGAGCCAGAGGCUGAGACCUCCCAGAACCAUUUGUUUCAGGAGCUCCAAGUGGCCAUCAAGGAGCUGAUGACCCUGGUCAACAUCCCAUUGCAAGAGGCCAAAGAUUUCCGUCUGUACAGCCAAGAGGUGCUGGACUUUGGGGGCCAGGUCUCCCUCCUGCUGCUGCUGCCUCCAUCAGAUGAUGUCUGCACUGCUCCAGGCCAGAACAACCCCUACACCCCUCGUUCCGGCUUCCUCACCCUGCCGCUGCAGAUCUUUGAGCUAGGUGAGGAGAUGGAACGCCAAACCCCAACCUUGCUGGUCUCCUUGGCCUCUGAGACCUCCCGAGAGCUGGUCCACUUCUUCACAUACGACCGGGAGUUCAUCACCCAGUACUGCCAGGUGUCCGCUCUCCUGGAGCUGGAGUCGCUCCUCUCCCAGCAGAGCCUCAGGGAGGCUUUCUCCGAUGCGGAGCUCUCCACCGCAAAGCAGAGGCACCAGCAGGUUCAGGACUACAUCCAGCAAAUGGAGGAGAUCUGGCGCGAGAUGCGCUGGAUUAUGGAUGCCCUGCAACAUGCCCGGUACAAGCAGCCCUCCUGCGGGGUGUCUCUCAGGUGCUUCCUCAGCAAGGCUGGUGGUACAAUGAAGGAGAAAACCCGAUCCACCUCGUCCCACCUCGACUACCUUCCCUCCCCGGCACCCUCACCAGAGACCAGCCGUAAGCUCAACUCCGACUUGCACGGGCUGUCAGACGAAGAGGGGUCCUCAGAGGUGUUCCUGGCCACUGACAGUGACUACGACUCCAGCCGAGCGCAGAGCCCAAAGGAGCUCGACCUGGUGUACUCCUCCUCGGGGCCCGACUGCUGCAGCCGGAGAGUCACCCGCACCCUGCGGGACAGCGCCCCGCCCCAUGAGCUCAAGACCCCCCCGCCACCACUGCCAGAGGAGCCCCGGCCACCAGCUGAGCUCUAUGACAGUGACUUUGUCCUGCCCAGCCGACAGAUUGAGCUGCUCCGCAUCACAGAGAAGCGGCAGGCAUACUGCGUCCGAACCAGCAGCCUGGACUUCCCCAAACCACGCUGCCAAGCGGCCAGAAAGUCCUGCCCUGGCUCCGUCGACAGCUCCCCGACAGAGAGCAGGACCGUGGGCCAUGGCAGCCAGCUCAGGCUGGGGACUGGCUCAACGCCCAGCCCCGAGCGCCGGCGGGGCGGGCAGGGCUCUGAGCCCGUCUUCCGGACACACUCGGCUGAGUGGACUGGAGCAGCCUGGUACGAAACUGGACUCUCCAAAGAGACCAGUGUCAAGCUGCACAUCACCAGCCAGACGUCCGCUGGGGAGGUGGUGAAGCUGGUGGUGCUGGAGAUGAACGACGUCUCUCGCGGUGUGCUGGGCGGCUCAGCCGCCUUCUGCUACGGCGAGGAGCAGCUGGAGCACUUCGGACUGGUAUUUGCCUCCGACGAGAGUGAGCGGUGGCUUCCCGAUGACUUCUUGCCUCUGUCCCUCCAAACUAGCCAGCCCGAGGGACAGUUCUACGUCCGGAUCAAGGAGACAUCCCCUCUGGUGCUCCAGUACGGGCCAACCACCACCGUAUGAGAGGAGGAGAGCCGGCCGGGCGGCACGGGGACCUCAGCUUCCAGAGAGCAGACAGCUCGUCUCUGAUGCUUCCUUCUUCCACAGACACCCUCUCAUCAGGCGUCCGCGGGGUGGAAUGGGAUCAUACUGGGCUGUGUGUUAUUUGUUUGUGUGUUGGUUUUUUUUGUUUUUUUGGGUUUUUUUUAACCAAAGAGACAUCAAGACUCAGUUUUUCUGACAGCAGAAGAGGAGGGUGGAGUGCAGAGACCUCAGAGCUUGGGAGGAAUCUCUGCAGGAAUGGAAUUUUUAAAAGUAAACAUAUUUAAGAGUAAAGGGGGGAAGAGAGAGAGGAAAAAUAUUACAAGAAGAAGCAGCAAUACCUUUUUUUUUUUCUUUCUUCUUUUUCUGAAAAGCCUUGUUUGGGAUUCACUGAAGGCAAAGCCACAGAGUUUUGCUGGGGAGGGCUGUGGCAUCAAUGAGGAGGGGGCAGGAGUCACAAGGACAGCACUGAGAAGGGUGUUUUCCUAUCAGCC